ACUUCAUUUAACUUCCUAAAAGGUAGUUUUUUUGACAUGUCUGCAUUGAAAUACACUGUGGGCCUUCUGGCUCUGCUUGUGGUGGCUGCCUGGGCCGAGGAGGAGCUCUCUGUCUCUGAGCUGUUGGAGAUUGCCAACAGGAAUGUUGUGCAUACCCGCAACGAGCCCUUGAUUGUGGAUGACAUCGCCUAUAACUCUGAGUCUGAGAGGAACGCCGACCCCUGCACGUCUCGUGGCUGCAUGUGGCCCAAGUCCAGUGAUGGAAAGGUCUAUGUGCCCUACGUUAUCUCUAACCAGUUCUCCUCCAGAGAGCUGCAAGUCAUUGAGCGUGGUCUGCAGUCCUUUGCCGGCUUCUCCUGCAUCAACUUUGUGAAGCGCACAAACCAGAAAGACUACCUGAACAUCCAGUCCCAAAAUGGGUGCUGGUCCUAUGUUGGUCGUCUUGGCAACGCCCAGGUUGUGUCUCUGAGCCGUUCCGGUUGUGUGUACCACGGCACCACCCAGCAUGAGCUCCUCCACGCCCUGGGCUUCAACCAUGAGCAGACCCGCAGCGACCGUGACAACCAUAUCCGUGUUCUCCUCCAGAAUGUGCAGUCGGGUAUGGAGCACAACUUCAACAAGAUUGCCACCCUCAACCAGAACACGGCCUACGACUACAACUCUGUCAUGCAGUACCACAAGUUUGCCUUCUCCAAGAACAACCAGCCCACCAUGGUCCCCAUCCCCAACCAGAAUGUGGAGAUCGGCAAAGCCACCGCCAUGAGCCAGAAUGACAUCACCCGUCUUAACAGACUGUACAAGUGUUAAACAGACACCUCAUAUUUCUGUUCCUCGCAUUAAGUUGUUUU